ACCAGCUACAUCCACCUCAGCUCGUGGCCCGACAAAGACGACGUGGACUCAUAGAAGGGAGGCAUCCCAACACCCUCGACGCUGAACGUCCUCUCCAACACAGUUUACCGGUUUCCUGACAAACCCCUCGCCAUAUCCCUUCACGACAUAAUCGGAAAUCCACGCAAGCUUUCCUUCUUCCAUCAUGCAGCGUCCACAAACGUACGGGCAGUCGCCUCCCUUGCACCACCCUGUACCCCAGCAUGUCUCGACGGUGCCCCAGCUGCGCUCGCCCCCUCCUCCCGUGUCGCAAUCGCAGUCGCAACAAGGCUAUAACAGCCCCUACCAACAGCAAGGCGGCGCAAGUGGGAACGUUUUCGGCGCAUAUGGACAGUUCAUGAACGACCCCACGGCGCAGGUCGCGGCACAGUUCGGACAGUCGGCCUUCAGACAUGGCCAGGAGUACAUGGAACAGAACUUCAACCGAUACGUCAACGUCAACGCCCUGAAGCACUACUUCAACGUCUCAAACUCCUAUGUCAUCAACAAGCUAUUCCUCGUUCUCUUCCCUUGGAGGCACAAGCCAUGGUCGCGCAAGCAGUCCGUUGGACCUAGCGGCCAGGAGGGGUGGUAUCUCCCGCCGCGCGACGAUAUCAACAGUCCAGACAUGUACAUCCCCGUCAUGGCCGUCGUGACGUACAUCCUCCUAUCCACCCUCAUUGCCGGUCUCCGCGGCCAGUUCCAGCCCGAGCUUCUUGGAUACACGGCGUCGACGGCUCUGGUAAUAGUGGUUGCGGAGAUCCUGGGUCUGAAGCUGGGCUGCUAUCUGUUGGGCAUCUCGAACGACUCGCAGCUCUACGAUCUGAUCGCGUACUCGGGCUAUAAGUUUGUUGGUAUCAUCGUUACCGUUGCGGUGGCGGAGACCUUCAACGGCGGCAAAGGUACAGGUGGCUGGAUUGGCUGGUCGGUGUUCCUCUACACGUUCCUGGCCAACUCGUUGUUCUUGAUGCGGUCUCUCAAGUACGUACUCCUGCCCGAGAACUCGGCCAAUGGUGUUGGCCCUAUGCAAACAGGCGAUUCACGGGCCAAGCGGAACCAGAGAACCCAGUUCCUGUUCUUUUACUCGUACAUUGUCCAGCUGCUGUUCAUGUGGAUCUUGACGAGGCCUUGAUCCCGCAACUCCAGAAGAGUUUAUGAUGCAAAACGGACGGAGCCAAAAGGCUGGCGUUGAAAGCAAUCCGAGCGCGGCUGGACUUGAACAUGCCAUUACAUGCCAUGAAGCCUAUUAGAAGGACGGGUUUCCCUUUACAAAAGGCGACACUUUAUUCCAGGAGUUGAACACACGUGUACGAUAAUGCGACACGUCACAUAUCUAAAGCGCGUUGGGGCGGUUUGCUGUUGAGCCUGUUAUGCAGUUGAGAUAUGCCCCGAGUCGAGGAAGCUCAAUCCCUGUAGUUUGGAGUGACCGGGAACAGGUUACGAGGCGGAGGUUGAGAUGAACAAGCACAAAUCAAACAGAGCUGCCAUCCAUGUCAGCAUUAGAAACCUGCAUCGUGGUCCUGCAAUGCAAUCAACUGGCGUAUGAUUAUGCAAGCGGCGUGCUGCUUG